UUUCCCAAGAUUUUCACGAUUCUUCAGCCAUCUCGUUCUAUUCUAGGACGAAUGAGUGAUAUGAGAUUCUUGAAAUUGUCCGCUAAUUUCUUACAAUAACGAGUUUUACCAUAGAAUAACAAUGACGGUUUGUGAAUAGUUCUAGGAAUAGAACAGUGGUUUGCGUACCCUUGCUCGGUCGAUUGAACUCUAUAAUAUGCAAUGGAAGGGACUGUGUGUGUUGUUGUUAGUUGCUGCAGUAUCGACGAUCCUGGGACAAAAUAUCGGUGAUCCUUACAAGAUCCUCGGUGUCCACAGGAGAGCGUCUUUACCCGAAAUCCGGAAGGCUUACAGACAACUGGCAAAAGAGUGGCAUCCUGAUAAAAAUGAAGACCCCAAUGCUGAAUCAAGGUUUGUGGAGAUCAAGCAAGCUUAUGAGCUUCUAUCGGACACAGAACGGAGGCAGGCAUAUGACUUAUAUGGCAUUACCAAUGAAGAUGACCACAUGUAUAAACAGAGGCAUGAUUAUAGCCAGUAUGGACGGUUCAGCUAUGAUCCGUUUGAAUAUUUCAGCACACAUUUCAGAACUCAGGAUCAAGAUAUAACAUUGUUCCAUAAAUUGUCGGUCACUGCAAAGCAUUUCGAAAACAAUAUCCUAGAGAAGAGCGUGCACACGCCAGCGUUGGUCCUCUUCUACACCGACUGGUGCUUUGACUGCGUGCGCUCGGCCACCGCUUGGCGGCGCUUAGUGGAAGCUCUGCAGCCGUUGGGCGUGACGCUGGCCACCGUGCACGCGGGGCACGAGGCCAGCUUGGCGCGGCGGUUUGGCGUACAUGGCGUGCCGAGCCUGACAGUGAUACUCGACAAACAAGUGCAUAUCUAUAAGGAGGGACUCUCGUCUUUACCGAGAAUACUAGAAUUCAUGCGAUGGAAGUUCCCUUACAAACUGGUCCGCGGCCUCACCGACUCGAACGUGGACUCCUUCGUCAGCGACUUCGAGGACAACAGAGUGAAGGCGCUGAUAUUCGAAGAGCGGCAGAGCAUUCGUCUGCGCUACCUCAUCACCGCAUUCCACUACCGGGAUAGAGUUUCUUUUGCUUUCGUCGACUUGACGUCCCGAGAUACCCAGAACACAACCGCUCGGUAUAAAGUUCAACGCAGUAUGGACACCAUGGUACUUCUGAAAGAAGACAGUCCAGAACCAUCCGCCACUGUCAGCACAAAUGAGAUUCCCACGGAGACUUUGCAUCAGUUGAUCGAAGCUAACCAGAUGCUGACGCUGCCUAGACUUUCUUCACAGAGUGUGCUAGACAUAGUCUGCCCUAUCGAGUGGCGAGCCGCCCGUCGCCGGUUGUGCUGCGUACUGAUCGCGCGCGACGCACACACGCAUGCGCACAGCCUCGCACAAAUGCGCACGCUCGCACGCCGCGCGUCUGAGCGCAUACGAUACGCGUACGUGUACGCGCACGCGCAACCUGACUUCAUACACGCACUCGCUAACGGAUCUGGUAUCGACAUGACCACCCUUGAACACCGCAUCGUGGUUAUAUGGCGACGCGAAGCCACCCGUAUUCACUACGAGUGGCUGAAUGAGACAUGGCCGACCUGCGUCUCGUGCCACCCCGAUGAAAUGGAGGAGGGGGGAGCUAAGGGGGAGGAGGCUAUCAGAUACCACGAAAGGCUGAACGAAACUAAACGCGCUCUGGAACAGUUGGUGAAGAGAUUGUUGAAGCCAACUGAAGUGGCAGCGUAUGAGACUCGGGUUCAGGAAUUAGUGGACGAAGCAGCGGCCGGGGCAGUUUGGCGCGCAGUGAGCCGCCUCUGUGAGUGGAGUGAGCGCGCAUUCUCCGCAUUCCGCACUCAUCACGCACUCUCCGCUCUCUCCGUGCUGGCAACCGUUGCGCUCGUACUCGCUGCAGGGUAUUUCAUGGCGUACCUUAUUCGGGUGGAAGAGGAGUCGGUGCAGCGACAGAAGGAGCAGAGGCGGCAACAAAAUGGCGCGAAACGAAACAACAACGAAACGCAACCGGAGAUGCGUCUGCACGAAUUGCGGGCCGAGAAAUACAACGGUUUAGUUAGAUUGCAGAAGCCAGGUUGCAGAACUAUUGUACUAGUGGUCGACAUGCAGAGUCGCGUGCAGUUGUUGUCUAAAUUCCACAAAAUUGUUUGGCCGUAUCGCAAGAACAAGACGCUGGUGUUCGCGUACCUGUGCGUGGAGCGCAACCUGGAGUGGUUCCGGCGGGUGCUGCUGCUGUCGCUGGGCGGGGGCGAGCUGCGGGUCAACGCGCGGAACUGCGUGGGCACCGUGCUGGCCCUCAACCCACACCGCAAGUACUUCUGCAUCUACCACGCGAAGCAUCCCGAGUGCACCAAGCCGCAUAAGCGUAUGAGUCGCAUGACGGUGUCGCUGGGUGGCCGCGCGGCGGACCCCGAGGCCGGUGCCUUCAUCGGCUUCACCACCGACCCGGACUCCUCUGAUGAGGAUCACUAUGACCCACCGCUACUGUUACAAGAGAACCUGCUAGACGGCCUAGAGAACUGGCUGGACAGGUUGUUCGAGGGCAGCACCCACAGAUACUUCGUCAACUACUGGCCCGACAUGACGACCAAGUGAGUCGGCGUAUACAAACUCCUUGGUUCCUCCAGCGCCUGUACUGUGGCUCUCAUGUAUUACAUUUGUUUUCCACACCGAAUUAUUUGGUUGUUUCAUGAGUUCUGAACGAUAAGAACCCGUUUUGUUGGUUCUAGACAUCAGUUUUUAUUAAUAGUACCCUCAGAAAAUACCUCGCUCCAACUUUAUUUGAAGAAAGUGCUUCAAGAAAACUAUUUUAAUUCUCUAGUACACAAAUCUGCGGACUACACUAAAUUGACAGGUCUAAAAAAAGUGCUAUCUCUUUCCAUAAAGGACAUGGUAAUAGAAUUACACUACUUUUAAAUGUUUCAAUUAAGUUUAGUGAUUUGUGUCCAAAUAAAAUGGCAAUACUUUUUAAACUCUUGAAUGAAGUUCAUUUUACAUGUGUUAUUGGCGACUGAACGAAUCUCUGACUUAAAUUCACGUGAAUUCAGCUCUGGAUAACACUAAAUGUGUUUUAAAACUGGCACUACUGUUUUUUAACACUUAACGAGAAUGUUAUUACUCGAUAACAUUUAAGAAUUCAUUAUGACUCCGUAUGACUCAUUUUAAUUUCAAGUAACUUUUUAAUCAGUUAUUCGGAUUUAAACUGAGUCGACUAUAGUUAUUGAGUAUUGUCGAGGGAACAUUGAGGGUUUAUACAUUUUUAAUUUAAUUGACGUUAGGCGAUGACCGUGUAUUUUACAAGUUUUUUCACAUCGUGUAUUUUUUUUCCGGCCCUUCAGUUUGUGAACGAAUAUAAUAUACUGCCCAGAUAUUGUAAGGUUUUCGUCGACCAUUUAAAUGAUAGGCCCCAAUUACUAAUGGUAUAUUGGUGUCGAUGGAAUUCAUUAUUGUUUUUCAAUACAUUUGCUCGUGAAAUGGUUUUAUGUCACCUUUGUCAGAGCUUUAAAAGUGGACCAUUGCGGCAUGCUGUGCUAUUAAAAUAUUACAGCAAGACGUGUUAAUAAAAGAACCGUGCGGUAAUAUUUUUUCUUUGAGCUUUUAGGAAGCCUGAUAGUAUGCGCUAGGUAGUAGUUACGGGUGGCUUUUACUUACAAAUGUAUUGUAAAACAUCUUAUGUGUGUAAUAUCAUGAUUUUUUUGAACAUCUCUUAUAAUACA